AGGGCAAUAUCGGAAUUCGAAAGAUUGGAGCGUGCAUUCAGUGUAGGGCUUUACCAAAGGCCCAACGGCCAUUCCCACCCUUGAGCCCAAAAAGCUCUGCUCUGUUUUGCUCUCCCUCUUUUCUCCUCUAUUUCCCUUUCCCAUCUCUUUCCCCUGUCGCUGCCGUUUCAGUAGCCAUAUCUCCUUCCUGUGACCACCGAUCUCUGUCUCCCCUGUCACCUGCUCUGUUCCAGCCUCCAUCCUACGCGAACUACGCAAUCAAAUCACAAAGAAAGGAAUCAGAAUCGAAAAUGGCGACCAAAUCCCCAAUUUUCCCGAUGCCGGAGCCUCACCACUUCAGCGAUUACGGCUUCGACCCCCAAAUCGGCUACUUUCAGGUGUUGGAAGAAGCGCGGAGGCACAAGCGCGAGCAGGUGAGAUCCAUAGACGCCCUGCACUUCAAGCUCCAGAAGCCCAUAUCGAAAGACGAUCCCAAGAAGACCAAGAAGCGGCGGUGGUGGAGAAACGCGCUCCUCUUCUUCAAGCGGAAGUGGGUCCACGCCAAUCGCUACCUCACCGACACCACCGCCGACGUCGACGACGGCGACUACGGCGGGGGUGAUGUUCACAUGGCCAGGGCCAGAGCCUUCCGGGGAUCGAUAUCGGGGCCGGUGUACUCGACUGAGAGCAGAAGCGGGUCGAGCACGCCGUACCGGACGAGAAGCAGGCCGGUGUCGGGGACGGUGACGCCGACGGGGAAGGAAGAGGUGGAGAUUCCUUAUCUCAGCCUCAGGGAGCUUACGAUGGAGCAGCAACAACAGAGGAUGUCCACCUCCUCCAUGCCCAUAUAUUUGGUGACCUAACUUGGACUCUUAAGGAAGGAAGCAAGCAUCAAUGGCGGUUGGAUCAUCCAACUUGGAUGGAUUCGAUUUGAUUUGAUUUGAUUCGAUUUUAUCUUUGGGGGGUUAUCUUGGAUUAGCUUUCUGAGUCUGGAUUUGUGCAAAGGCGUUUCGGGAAAAGUUUGGUUCCUGCUUUCACGCGUCUUUUUUCGUAUUUUUUGGGUUUUGGGUUUUGGGUUUGUGCGAGGGGGGAACUUAGUGCCUUGAGACCGGCCACCUUCAGCCGAGUCUUUUUUAUAUUGUUAUUCCUAACCAGCUUUUGACUCCAAGGAAACAUGAAAUACUGAAGGAAGAAAAACACUUUCUUUAUUCAUUUAGUUAUUUAA